UGUUCCCACCCGUCGAGGCCGUCCUCAUCCAUCAGGGCCAUCUCCAUCCAUCGAGGCUGUCCCCAUCCACUGAGGCUGUCCCUGUCCUCCACCACCCCUGCGCCGGAGGAGAGCCAGCCUGCAGCCAGGAGAUGGCACAGGAAGGAGUGGCAGGUGGCUCGCUGGAGAGACAUUGUCCCACCUACAUCUACAAGGUGGUGCUGCUGGGAAGCACGGCGGUGGGAAAGUCGAGCCUGGCCUACCGAUAUGUGAAAAACGACUUCCAGGAGUCGCUGCCCACCGUGGGAUGCUCCUUCUUCACAAAAAUAAUCCGCAUGGAGUCAGCCAUGGUCAAGCUGGAGAUCUGGGACACGGCCGGGCAGGAGAAGUACCACAGCGUCUGCCACCUCUACUACCGGGGUGCCCAUGCCGCUCUCCUCGUCUACGACAUCACCAACAAGGAAACGCUUGGCAGGGCGAAGCUGUGGCUGAAGGAGCUGGAGAAGGAGUUCCUGCAGGACGAAAUCGUCAUCGCUUUGGUGGGCAACAAGACGGACCUGGCUGAGGAGCGGGAGGUCCCAGCUGAGGAGGGCGAAGAGUUUGCGAGGAGCAGGAGCCUGCUCUUCACGGAGACGUCGGCGAAAUCCAACCACCAAGUAAAGGAUGUCUUUAUGGCCAUAGCCCUUCAGCUCCUGCAGCGCGAAGCAGAGAAGGCGCCAACCCCGCGCCGCGGGCAGCAUGUGGACCUGGGGGCGAGUGGGGCGAGGACAGGGUGCUGCCGGGUGUGAAGGGACCACAGGCUCACCACGGGACACGGCGCCAAGGAGGACAGGAGGGACUCAAUCUCAUGUUUUCGGCGUUGGUGGUGACAAGACAGCAGGUGGCACGUGGAUGGCACAGACCAAGGACCUUCCUCAUCAUCUUCUAUAUGAGAGUGCACACGGUGUGUGCACGGGGUCCUGGGCCAGGGUCUCACACCAGCUUUCUCCUUGGGGUUGACCUCCUUACUGGUCCCAGGGACCAUGCUGCCACCAGCCCGGCCAGGAUCCCAUCCCAUCGUAAUGGGGAUUUAGCAUACGGGUGCAAAUAAAGAGCGGGUCACCC